UCCGCUCGCAGUCUUUAUAAACAAAGUGGGCUCUUCCAUUCUCAUACUCAGUGACGCAGUGAGGCGAAGAUCGGGCAAUGGAGAUCCAAGGCUCGUCGUUCUCUAGCCUCCGAUCCUACCUAUGUGCUCUCGCUCAUACUCCGUCUCGGCUCGCUUGCCGAGGCGGUUCUCUCUCCAGUCCCUACAACGAGAUGGGCCGGGUUAAAGCCCGGUCCGGUUCUCAAAUGCGCAAGACCCUCCGCUGGUUCGACUUGAUCAGUUUGGGCAUCGGCGGUAUGGUCGGCGCCGGAGUUUUUGUAACCACCGGCCGCGCCAGCCAUUACGCAGCUGGCCCUUCAGUAGUGCUUUCUUACGCCAUCGCCGGUCUCUGUGCUCUCCUCUCUGCCUUCUGCUACACCGAGUUUGCCGUCGACAUGCCCGUCGCCGGCGGUGCUUUCAGCUACAUCCGCGUCACAUUCGGCGAAUUCGCUGCCUUCCUAACGGGUGCGAACCUUGUGAUGGAUUAUGUGAUGUCAAAUGCCGCCGUUGCCCGGAGUUUUACUGCCUAUUUUGGCACUGCAAUCGGCGUCUCCUCCACGAAAUGGAGGCUUACGGCUCCUUCGCUUCCCAAAGGAUUUGACGAGAUUGACGUUGUUGCAGUGGUUGUCGUUCUGCUCAUCACCCUUGUUAUUUGCUACAGCACGAGAGAGAGCUCGAUGAUUAACAUGAUUUUGACGGCGCUUCACAUAUUUUUCAUAGCAUUUGUGAUAGCCGUGGGUUUCUGGAGAGGUAGCUGGAGGAACUUCACAGAGCCAGGUAAUCCGCAAAACCCAUCGGGGUUUUUCCCUUACGGUGCUUCAGGCGUGUUCAAUGGAUCAGCAAUGGUUUAUCUCAGUUACAUCGGAUACGACGCCGUUUCCACCAUGGCCGAAGAAGUCCGAGACCCAGUCAAAGACAUCCCCAUCGGCGUGUCAGGAUCGGUCAUAAUCGUAACCUUUCUCUACUGUCUAAUGGCCGCUUCCAUGUCCAAGCUUCUUCCAUACGACAUGAUCGAUGCGGAAGCGCCGUUUUCGGCGGCUUUCAGGGGGGAAUCAGACGGCUGGGGAUGGGUGUCGGAGGUAAUAGGGGUGGGGGCCAGCUUUGGGAUCCUUACGUCGCUGUUAGUGGCAAUGUUGGGUCAGGCUCGGUACAUGUGUGUGAUUGGACGGUCCAACGUGGUCCCCUCUUGGUUUGCCAGGGUCCAUCCCAAGACAUCCACGCCUGUCAACGCCUCCGUUUUUCUUGGUAUUUUCACUGCUGCAAUUGCCCUUUUCACUGAUCUCAAUGUUCUACUCAGCCUCGUAUCAAUAGGCACCCUCUUUGUAUUUUACACGGUGGCAAAUGCUGUGAUUUAUAGACGUUACGUGUCCGCCGAGACGACCAAUCCAUGGCCUACAUUGUCCUUUCUCUGUUCAUUUUCCUUCACCUCCAUAAUGUUCACCCUUACUUGGAGAUUUCUUCCAACCGGAAGGGCCAAGGCAGGAAUACUUAGUGCCUGUGGGAUCAUUGCCGUUGCAAUUCUACAUAUUUUCUACUGCAUGGUUCCUCAAGUUCGGAAGCCAGAAUUCUGGGGGGUCCCUCUUAUGCCAUGGAUACCCUCCAUGUCAAUCUUUCUCAAUGUGUUUUUGCUUGGUGUUCUGGAUGGGCCAUCCUAUGUUCGAUUUGGAUUCUUUUCCGCUAUUACUGUGCUUGUCUAUAUCUUUUACAGUGUUCAUGCUAGCUUUGAUGCUGAAGGAGAUGGAUCUCUCGGUGAAAAAAAUGGGGAAAUUCAUUUAUCCAAACAAAGUGAGGACCAAAGUUUUGAAGUGUAGAUUAUCUCCUGUACAUCUCUCUAUCUCUUCCCCCCUGUUUGGAAUUAGGAUUGGAUGUAUUAAACCUUCUAGUAUGAUUGACAGCCACUUAGAACUGGGGGAGGGAGAAUUAUAAAUGGUACAAAUCCUAUACAAGUAGAAUAGGCACCGAAAGAAUAGCAUAGGCUGCCGCUUUUUUUGGGAAUGGUGAAUUGUGUAGUUAAAGCCUUAAGAAGCUGCAUACGCUGUGAUUGCCUUUGUAAAUCUGCCUUGUGUUAUGUCAAAAGAAUUUCAAUUCUUGUUCU